UUCCUUUCCUGGGCUGAUCAGCACACAUGAAUGUAACAUGUGUCGUAAGUCAAUUCCAAGCUGGUAGUGUCCAUUGCCUCUAGUCUUCUAGUAAGGCCAUUGCAAGAUAAAUUGUUCUUACUAAUGUUGGAAUGGUGAUUUUCUGCUGGUUAGUUUGUCGUCUGCUGUUGCCUCUUUGGUCGUCUGCCUCCGCGACCUCUUUGAACUCCAGAGACAGACAAGCCUUCGGUCUCUGUUUUGAGGAGGAUUGUAAAUCAGCUCACUUCAGCUACAAUCGCUUUGGAUGCCAUGGGCCUUCACAGUGGCAUCUGGUGACGUCAUGUUGGCAUGAAUGUAAUGGACAAUUUCAAUCGCCAAUCAACAUUAAAACCCAAAACACAAUAAACUGGCCGCAUAUUUCCUUACAUUUUGUGAAUCUGUGUACUAGAGUACCUGGGAAGAUACGAAACAAUGGUCACUCCCCCCACUUCAGCACAGAAUCACGUACUAUUUUCCUCACAAACGUACCACAACGAGGGUCAGACAAGUAUGUAUUUGAGGAAAUUCAUUUUCACAUCGGUACUGAAGAGAAACGGGGAUCAGAACACUCUAUUGAUGGAGAUUUCUAUCCAAUGGAGGCUCACAUCGUCUUCUUCAAUGAUAAAUACAAAAAUGUAGGCGACGCUAAGGACAUGGAAGACGGACUGGUCGUCAUUGGUAUAAUGGUCGAGAUUGAUGAUGACGAAAUUAAAGAAAGUACAAUGUUAAGUGAAGACCAAAUCACUGAGAAUAGGUUGGAUUUUAAUAAGACCUGUCCGUGUGUUGAGAAGAGUGACGAGUGCUACAGGAGGUACUGUUUCUGCCGACUUAAGAAGGCCGAGUUGAUGAGUACAUUGAUGGAGAAGUAUUUCUACACUGUCCGUCAGUACGUCCCACCCAAAAAUCAGACUAACCGUGAGUACAUUUAUCUGACUGAGUACAUUUCACCUCUGGACGUGCUGCCAUAUGAUUGGAGCUUCUACAUGUAUCAGGGCUCCCUCACCACGCCCCCCUGUAGCCAUGACACUCAGUGGAUCGUCAUGCGCUGUCCAAUCCGGAUCUCCAGAGAGGCUUUUGAGAUGUAUAGACUGGUUCAGGACGUACAUAACGUACCACUUGUUCAGAAUGGACUUCGACGCCCAACACAGAAGAACCGGGCACCUGUUUACAGAAACUUUCACUGGUCAGAUCUAGGACAAGAGACGCAAUACUGCCCGGAUGAGGAAUGAAACAGUACU